AUGAUGCACGCCCCAAACCGCAGUCGCGACGAGACCUUGUCUGGUCGCGGCUACCAGGGCGCUCCACCAGGCUCUGAUCCCUAUGCUGCUGCCGCCAGCAGAACCGCCGUUCCUAUUCAGCAGAGCUCUCCACCAUUGUCACAUAACUCGACCGACAACAGCCUCUCCAGUCGCGCUCACUCGAGACGCUCGCCCAGCGCAACAAACAGCCACCUCUCUUCCUCAAGCUCCGUUAGCGGCGGCGCGGGUUUCUACUCCCCCGCCAACAGCGAGUUCAGACAGUCUAUCAAGUCGAACAACCAGGAGGCCGCAUUGACGCAUCACUAUAACAUUCUGAAGGUAUAUCUGGCCCCCUAUCUCAGAGACGAGCAAGGAAACACACGUCCGACACGAGCAAGAGACAAGCUGCUACGUCUGUCGCCUACACAGUUCAAUGAGCUGAGUACCGACGUCUUCGACGAGCUACAAAGACGCGAGGACGAUCGCCGACGACCAGGAGGCAUUGUACCCCCGUCUCUGCCGCCCAGAAAUGUUUUCCACCCCAAACGAAACCAAGCACGCCAGAAAUUGUCUACUCUUCCACCAGAGCGCUUCCGUCAACUCGCGACCGACGUUUUCUUUGAACUCGAACGCAGAAUGCCAGGACUCGUAAGCCCAGACGGUGACAGACCAGGCAGUCCCACAGGCAGUGUAGCAAGCAGAAGCAGUGCCAGAACAGCCAGCCGACAGGGCCCUCCAAAUGCCAUGCGCCGUCCAUCAGGUCCUCCGAAUGGUAUGCGCGGUCCGCCGCCUCCUGGGAUCCGACCGGGCCCACCCAGCAAUGGUCCGUAUUCGCCAUACUCGCCCUCAGACGACAACAUGCCUCCCCCACGCACCGAUUCACGCGGUGGGCCAAUCAGUCCCAACAGCAGCUUUGGAAGACCACUUCCUCAGACAUUCCAGAGCAAUACCAUGGUACCUAACAAAAGCACUAUGGUUGAAGACGAUGAGACCGACGAAGAUGAGGAGGGUUCAUAUGGCCUGGGUCAAGUCUCGAGCACUAGCGAAAAGGAUGCCGAAACAAUGAAAGCCUUCGAAAUCCAAGUUUCAGGCCUAGAAUCUAGGAUCGCAGAGCUGGAGGCAACAUUACACGACAAGGAUGCAGAAAUCGAAACGCACAAACAAGGCCACAGCAAAGACAAAGACCAAUGGUCGCAAACAAGGGAAGAGCUUGAUAUGAAGAUAGCCGAGUCACAACGAACACUGGACACACUACACUCGGAACUCGAGCACUCGAGGGAAGACCGAAGUCAGUCAGAGUCUGAUCUGCGUGCCCGCACAGAGCAGGCUGUCUCGGACUUGCACAUCGAACUUGACGAGAUUAGAAGAGAGAACGAGGAGCUUCGUGCUCACGCAUCUUCCAACCGCUCACUAGAGCAGGAGAGCGGCUGGCAGCAGCGUUACGAAGAGCUUGAACGAGAGCUCGCCCAACAACAGCAGAUUACGGAAGAGGUGAAGCACAACGCCGAGCAACACCUGCAAGAGAUGCGCCUCCUAUCAGAACAGAGCGAGACGGCUCUCGAGAGGGAGGAACGGAUGCAGUCACAGAUUGCCCUGCUGGAAGCCGAAAACGAGCAAUGGAAGAUUCGCUAUGCCAAAACCAGAAGUCAAUUGAGGACGCUCAAGGCAUCUUCAAUGGGUCUUUCGGUUGAGCAUAUGGCUCCUGGUGCACUUUCGUCAAAGCAGGAGCACCUCAAGCCUAAUGGACUGGUCAAGGACAUGGACGUGACGAACUUCCAGAUCUCGAUAGAUGAGUUGCUGCAAGCAGCGCGCGAGUCCUCAUCUGCUCCUCACUCGGCUCUUGACAAGGCCAAAGACGUCGUCCAGAGCGUGCGAAACAUGACGUCUGGUGUUGAAGGCUCUUUCUCGAACCUCGGAUCACCUCAUUCUUCGACAUCUCAUCUAUCACAAAGCACGACUGGGCCGACUCCGGCGACACUCAAGAUUCGCGUUUCCCGUGAUGCCAACAAUCUUGUCACUGUGACCCGCAACCACGCAGCAGCUAACGGCCUGGCACCGGUAUCGCUCGUCGAUGCAGCAGCCAGUAACUUGACCACAUCGGUGGUUGAAUUUGUCAAGGUUGUCGGCGUGCGUGAUACGCAUGAUGAGAACGACGAUGAUUCUUCGGUCGAUGGCGAGGACAUCGAGAUCGAAGAAAUUGCACCACUGUCCAUGUCCUCCAACAAGCCAGUGCUCGUCAAGACACCGGUACCACCUCAAAAGCAACAGGCCAAUGCUGGCUGGUUCUCCAUGCUCAAGGGAACAAAGAGCGAGCACAGUGACGACGAUGACUACGAUGACUACAGCUAG